UUUGAAUUGUACUUGGAAGCGUAGGGGAGCGUAGUGGCGCGAGGAUCUGCAGGCGAAGCGUGUUUUACUCGCAGGAGACUCCUGAAUCUUCUAGUCUCCUCGCCAAUGUAAUUAAUUUUGGAUCCAAGACGAAUUUUAUCUAGGUUUGCUUUAUUUUUUCAAAAAAAUAUUUUGGUAUAUCCCUUCUUCCAAAAUGAGGAAGAUUCGGAAGGUUUUGGACGGACUGACAACCUCCUCCCCAGGCAACACCGGCGGAGCCCCACUGUCCAGCAGCACAGCCGGCACGCCAACCGCAGCGCCAGCUCCCAGAGAAAUAGAAGUACAGGAGACGUUGGUAUCUGAAAACUUUCACAUUUGUAAGACGGUACGUCAUGGCUUCCCGUACCAGCCCACCGCCCUGGCGUUCGACCCGGUCCAGAAGAUCCUGGCCAUCGGCUCUCGGACCGGCGGCGUGCGAAUACUGGGACGUCCUGGUGUGGACUGCUACUGCCAGCACGAUAGCGGAGCGGCCGUUCUGCAGCUCCAGUUCCUCAUCAACGAGGGGGCGCUAGUCACAGCCUGUGCAGAUGACACACUUCACCUCUGGAACCUGAGGCAAAAACGACCAGCAGUCCUGCACUCUCUCAAAUUCAACCGAGAACGCAUUACGUUCUGCCACCUGCCGUUCCAGAGUAAAUGGCUGUACGUGGGCACGGAGCGCGGGAACACGCAUAUCGUCAACGUGGAGUCCUUCGUCCUGUCUGGAUACGUCAUCAUGUGGAAUAAGGCCAUAGAACUAUCAACCAAAACUCACCCCGGUCCCGUGGUUCAUUUGAGUGACAGCCCCAAAGACGAGGGAAGGCUGCUCAUUGGGUUCGAGAGCGGCACAGUGGUGCAGUGGGACCUCCGCCUGAAGAAGGCCGAAUUCAGGAUCUACUACGAUGAGGCCAUCCACUCGGUCAGCUGGCACCAUGAAGGGAAGCAGUUCAUGUGCAGCCACUCAGACGGUAGCCUGACCACCUGGAGCCUGCGCAACACUGCCAGGCCCGUGCAGGUCACCUUUCCCCACGGCAAGACCCAGAGGGACGGGAAGAAACCAGAGUCCUGCAAGCCCAUCCUGAAGGUGGAGUUCAAAACCACAAGGAGCAGCAGUGAGCCCUUUGUCAUCUUCUCCGGGGGGCUUUCGUAUGACAAGGCGGCCAGGAGGCCUACAUUGACCAUCAUGCACGGCAAGGCCAUCACAGUGCUGGAGAUGGACCACCCCAUUGUGGACUUCAUGGUCCUCUGUGAGACGCCAUACCCCAACGAGGUCCAGGAGCCGUACGCCGUAGUGGUCCUGCUGGAGAAGGACCUCAUCGUGCUGGAUCUGACCCAGAGCAGCUUCCCCAUCUUUGAGAAUGCCUACCCCAUGGACAUCCACGAGUCUCCAGUCACCUGCACAGCCUACUUUGCAGACUGCCCUCCUGACCUCAUACCUGUCCUCUACUCCAUGGGUGCCAAACUCAAAAAGCAGGGUUACAGCCACAAGGAGUGGCCGCUGAGUGGGGGGACUUGGACACUGGGGGCGCAGACGUACCCAGAAAUCAUCAUCACAGGACACGCGGAUGGGUCGAUUAAGUUUUGGGAUGCUACCGCCAUUACCCUCCAGAUGCUGUACAAGCUGAAGACCUCCAAGGUGUUCGAGAAGCCGAAGGCGGGGGAGGGGCGGGGGGUGGAUCUGGCUGACGAGGACCCCUACGCCGUGCAGAUGAUCAGCUGGUGCCCACAGAGCCGCCUGUUCUGCGUGGUGGGCAGUUCCGCCCACGCAAUCCUCUAUCGCUUCAGCAGACACGAUGCCACCACAGAGAUCACAUCCCUGGAGGUUCGGCUGCCGUGUGAGGUAGAUGACAUUAUCACACCCUCAGAAGGGGACACCAACCCUGGGUUCUCGGACUCAAGCUCACACUCGCCCCAGCGCCAGCACCCCCCCGGCAGCCCGGGUAGUGAGAGCAUGCGUGACAGCGUCCCCUCCCUCAGGGUGAAGAGCAAGCCGGUCAGGAUGCCCCCGGGAUACCAAGCUGUGCUGGUGGUGCAGCUGCAGUGGGUGGACGGGGAUCCUCCCCAACAGAUCACCAGCCUGGACCUCAACUCUGCCUACGGACUGCUGGCUCUGGGGAGCUGUAAUGGGUUGCUGGUGGUAGAUUACCUGCAGAAGAGCAUCCUGCUGUGCAUGAGCACAGUGGAGCUGUACGGCUCCAGCGACCCGUACCAGCGCCUCACACGCUCCCCCCGCAGGAGCAGACCGCUUACUGCAGACAACCUUUGCAUGCGAGGCCUGUCUAACUUUUAUUCAGAUUCAAAGAAAAGGAUCCGCACUUCCUACCAGAGCCUGACGGAGCUCUCAGACAACCAGGUCUCCAUGGAGUUGGAGCGGAGCAGAUCACCCACCUCAGUUCUGCACCCCUCCUCCCUUCACAACGACGGCCGGGGCGCACACGAGCCAGUGGCCAAUGUGAAGACCAGCCACUACAGCCCCGUGUUUCACCUGCUGGACAACGUUAGGGGACCAGGCAGAAAGCUAAGUCUGCCCACAGAUCUUAAGACUGAUCUUGAUCAUGUAAACGGACAUUGCACUAGUCCCACCUCCCACCCCUGCACUGCCGGGAGGCCACGUCCCCCAGGCCCCGAGGGGACCAGGCUGAGCCGACGACGGCCCGGCCGACCGCCCUUCCGGAAGGCCCAGUCCGCUGCUUGCAUGGAGAUCUCUCUACCAGUCUCUCACACAGAAGGCUUUGCUUCCAGACGGGCAAUGCUACAUCAGCUACAUGGAGUCAGUAUGUACUCUCACGAAGAACACCACACCCACACCACCGCCUACUCCUGGGGUGAGAAAGAGAGCCGUGAGAACUCCUUCAGCCACUCGCGAAGCUCCAGCGUCUCCAGCAUCGACCGCGAGACCAAGGAGGCUGUGACCACUUUGCGCUUCAUGGAGUCCUACGCCCACAAGACGGACGCCACGUCCGGCCCCUGCCUGUGGGUGGGCACCAGCCUGGGCGUGGUCCUUGUCCUCGCCCUCUCCAUCCCCAUUGACGACGAGGACCGGUUGGACGGCCCCGUGACCGUGGCACCCAAUGGCUCCGUGCUGAUGCUGAAGGGCUCGAUUCUGAAGUUCGGGUCUCUGGACUGUGGGGGCGCUCUGAUGCCCAGCCCCUACGAGGCGUGGCGGGACCCCCAUGGUUAUGAGGACCCCGACAGGCCCCGCAAGCUGGUCAACUUCUCGCCCGCCUCGUCCCAGGACCUGGGCGGGGAGGGGCACCUGGCUGUGGUGUGCUCCGAGCGACAGGCCAAGGUGUUCCUGAUGCCCUCCCAGACCUGCCUGUUCGCCCACAACAUCACCGAGUCGUCCUUCGUCCUGCAGGCUGACGUGGUGUCCGUCUGCAACAGCGCCUGCCUGGCCUGCUUCUGCGCUAACGGCCACAUCAUGAUGCUCAGCCUGCCAAGCCUGCGCCCCCUGCUGGACGUGAACUACCUUCCGCUGACGGACAUGCGCAUCGCCCGGACCUUCUGCUUCACCAACGGCGGUCAGGCCCUCUACCUGAGCUCCCCCACCGAGAUCCAGCGCAUCACGUACAGCCAGGAGAUGUGUGACUGCCUGCAGGAUAUGCUGGGGGACCUGUUCACUCCAGUGGAGACACCUGAGGCCCAGAACAGAGGUUUCCUGAAGGGCUUCUUCGGGGGCAACGCACAGACAUUUGACAGGGAGGAGCUGUUCGGAGAGGCGGCGGCGGGGAAGGCGUCUCGCAGCCUGGCCCAGCACAUCCCGGGUCAGGGGGGGCUGGAGGGGAUGAAGGCGGCGGCCGGCGGGGUGGUGGGGGACCUGGCCAGGGCGCGCAUUGGUCUGGAUGAGCGAGGCCAGAGGCUGGGCGAGCUGGAGGAGCGCACGGCGCUGAUGAUGUCCAGCGCAGAGAUGUUCUCCAAACACGCCCACGAGUUGAUGCUGAAAUGCAAGGAUAAGAAGUGGUAUCAGUUCUAAAAUCCUGGAAGAGAGAAUCAUUUCUGUUCUCUGAGGGACAUGAAAUGGACCGAUGAGAUGAAGAGAGACACAGCACUAGCACUGGCUUGGUGUUUCUGUUCUACCUGGCAACUGCUGGAGAGGAAAUUCCCAUUGGUUGGCGGAGCUGAACAGGAAGUGGAUGGAUUCUGUAGACUAUGGAGGGAUGGAACCUGACCCAGUGGGGGGUGGGGGGUUUGUGAAAUUAGGUUCCCUGGUGUUACCCCCUCCCUCCUGGAUCAUGGUUCAUUUCCGUUAUAGGAUCCGCUCACCUGUCACGUCUCAGUGGCUACUGUAACAAGGGAUGAAAAUAAGCCAAACUGCAUGAAAUGACAAAGGUGAAUAAUCAAACAAAAAACUGCCAUACUAGAAGCAGCAUGUUACAGCAUUUGAAAGAAAAAAAACUUUAUUUAUUAAUAUAAGUCAAUUUAGAAACUAACUUCAAAAACUUUAUAUUUUUUGAGAUCAUUAAAAAAGUUUAAAAAAAAAGAAAAAAAAAAGAAAAAAGAAAUGUAUCCUAAAUUUCAACAAGGCCAAAAUAUUCUGGGCUAUUAUGAUAUCAUGUAUUUUCCUUUUACAAACAAGUGAUAUUUUAGAAUACAGCUAUUUGCUCUUUAAACAAUGCUACUGUAAAAACUCAAUCCUCUUUGCAAGAAAAAAAAUCAAGAUACGUCAUGUGCCAGCCUGACUCAGAUACACACACAUUCACUCUACCAAAUGUAUUUUUCAGGUGCGGUCACUAGUUAUUCAUUGGUGUGCAGUCUAGUUUUACAGUUCAUUAUAACCAGAUAUAUUUCGCUUUUUAUUGGCUGUGACGAUUUUUGGGUUCAGUAUUACUCCUUAAACCUCCCCAAUUAUACGUAUAUGCUGUACAUGGAAUGAAAGCUGUUUAAAGUGUAUGUGUAUGGUUAUGGAACCAAGGUUGUAAGACAUAAAUAAAAUGCUGUUUUGUUUGUGUAGGUCCAUAUGCAUAUCCGUAUUUCAUGUGCCAUAUCCUGGAUGGGUGAACUGUAAUCGUAAACUAGUAAAACUAAUCAGUGUUUGUCACAGUUCUGUUUUGCUUCUUUUGGUUUUGCUGGCAGACACAAACACGCACACGCAGACACACACACACACCUAUAUUUCUGCAUUUCGUCAACUAUUCUGAUUCACCGAAGGCAAUUUAAAUAUGAGCUUUAGGUUCUGCCAAAGCAGUCAAAGCAAUCAAAGGUGAAUGACAGAUCUGAGAGGGAGAGCGAUAUACGCCAGACUGUCACUGUGAGAGACAUGCAUUUCCAUUUCAUAAAGAUGUCCCUGUUCUACAUAAUAUUUGACUAUGUUUUAUAGUUCACAGUGUUAUCAACAUUUAUUUCUAUAUAUAGUAUACUAUAUUUAAAAGCAUUGGCCAGUUGCUGGUCAGCUUAAGGAAGAGAUGACAGAUACUAAAGUGAUCCACCAUCAAGGUACAGUCAUGAAACAUUUUGUGUUUUUUUUUGGAUAUUUAUUAACAUACGUGUAAAUAGAAAUCCAGUAGUAAACUGACUGAUCUUACAGAGUGCAAUGGCAAUCAUGUGUGUCUCUCAUAUUGAUGCAUCUUAAAAGCGACACUUUCUGCACCUUAUUCCAAAAUCAUUUUAUCAUUCAGGAUAUAUUUGUUUUCCAUGCUUUUGCCUUAGAUACUUUAGUAGUAGUUUGCAAUAACAAUUUUCGCCCCAACAUUCACGGUGACAACCUUUCUGUGAGUAUUUGUCUUAGCAAUGUGCCAUGUUGUUAUGUACUGUAAUAUGUACAGUAUGUGUUGAGUAUCUCAGUGGUAGUGCAUAACAUCGACAUGUUAAAGCGCUGAGCAGAAGCAGUUUGGAUUAAAUAAUACAGCAGAUCACUUCACUGUGCCCAAACGGUGUAAGCACUGACAUCAGCUGCCCCGAUUCCAACAAUUAAUCCAUCUUCCUUUGGUUUUCGUGCUGAAAAGACAUCAUGGCUUUUAUAUAUACUUGUCGGAAGUCCUUCAUUAGCACCAGCAAGUAACAAUUCAAAUAUGCCAUUCACUAAAUUAUGCCAAGUUGGAACGGAACCAUUUUCUAGACGGAGCCCAGUGUGUGCGCUACAGGUUUGGUCUUGGAUAGCUGGCAACUUUGUGGCCAUUGUCCGUCUUCCAACCAAAAUUGGGAGGCAGGGUCAGAAUUUCAAGCCUUCUCUUUGUUUCCCCAAAUCAAAGAGAUUUGUGUUCAACCUGUCAGUGUGACUAUCCUUAAUUACAAUAAUAUUGACUGGGUGUUUUGUUUGUACACUUUCAAUUUUCGUAUUAAGAUUUCUGGGGAAAAAAAUACAGUUCUGAAAAUUGUCUGUGGCUAUUGUACCUGUUUAUGGGUGGUACUGUAACUGAUGUUUCAGCUCUGUGGGAGUCACUGAAAUACUGUAUUCCUCUCUGUAGUUUUGUUAUAGAAUCAUUGUCCGUUUUACUUUUUCUUUAUUCUUUUUUUAAUCAGAAAUGGCCGCAAAGUUUGUCUCGUUUAACCGAAUCCUGCCACUUUCUUUUCUUCUUAAUAUACUAGUAGUGUAAUAGAGGUUACAGAAAAAAACUGAAUAUGUUGAUGCAAAAUAAACAUUGAUUGAUGUUCACACUU